AUGGCAUUCACCAACUUUAUCGCCACCGCCUCCAUGGCUCUCUUCUUCUUCCUCCUCCUCCUCCUCCUCCUCGUCCCGAGCUCAAACUGCAUGGACCUCGAGUCCCAUUAUCGUCACAAAGUCCCGAGAAGCGAUGUGGAUCUACUGGAGUUUCCCCUGAAUCUGGAGUACUUUGAGGCAGAGCUCUUCCUGUAUGCCUCAUUGGGGUAUGGAUUGGACAAGGUGGCCCCAAACUUGACCAUGGGAGGUCCGUCCCCAAUUGGAGCAAGGGCUGCCAACCUGGGUCCUCUCAUCAAGGAUAUCAUCUUGCAAUUUGCUCUCCAAGAAGUUGGUCACUUAAAGGCCAUCAAGACGACAGUGAAGGGGUUUCCAAGGCCACUGCUGAAUUUGUCUGCGGCUUCAUUUGCCAAAGUGAUGGACAACGCAUUUGGGCAUGCUUUAAAGCCUCCAUUUGAUCCAUAUGCCAAUGAAAUUAACUUCUUGCUUGCCUCCUACUUGGUCCCUUAUGUUGGCCUCACAGGCUACGUUGGAGCAAACCCCAAGCUUCAGGGCUCUGUCUCCAAAAGGCUUGUCGCGGGCCUACUCGGCGUGGAAUCGGGUCAGGAUGCAGUGAUCCGAGCCCUUCUAUAUGAGCGGGCUGCCUGGGAAGUCAAGCCAUACGGGAUAAACGUGGCGGAGUUCUCGGACCGGAUGUCGGAGCUGAGAAACAAGCUGGGGCACGACGGGCUUAAGGAUGAGGGCCUCGUCGUCGUGCCCCUCCACCUAGGCGCCGAGGGGAAGAUCAAGGGGAACGUGCUUGCGGGUGACAAGUACUCGAUCUCGUACGACCGGACGCCGGAGGAGCUACUGAGGAUCGUGUAUGGGAGCGGCGACGAGAGCGUUCCGGGAGGAUUCUAUCCCAAGGGAGGGAAUGGUCACAUUGCAAGGUCUCAUCUACGGUCGAUGUAG